AUGGCCAGCUGCACCAAAGCGAUACCUCGCAAACGCGCACCCUCCGAUACCUUUGGCUCAUCACUCACAAACGCAAAGUGCCCGAGGAUAGCUUCGACAUGCCCGCCGCCAAUACCAGGCCCUCCUCGCAGUGACACCACCGACAGCAAUGUCAAGCCCGAUCCUUCAGAGUCACAAUGGACAAGCCCAUCAGCGUCCUCGUCGGCUCACACAUCGAACAGCACCCUCCGCCAUUCUCCAGAUCCAUUCCCUCGCUACUCGCUCGGCAUCCCUCAUCUCGAUGUACUGCUUCCCUUCGGCGAUGGUCUCGACCUCCUGCAUGCCUAUCAUCAAGGCAUCGGCUGGAUUUACACGCCCGUCGACCGGACCACCCUCCUUGAAACACUCGAGGAAGCCGAACGACACGGCGCAGACUCGAUUCAUCCACAUCGCCUUGCUUGUCUUCUGGCUGCGCUCGCCCUAGGCGAUCUAUUCUCUCACUGCUUUCCGGCAUCGUCUCCAACUUUUGCUGCUCGUCUCGCCGACACCCAGACAAAGCGCAGUCGAAUCUGGUUCGGCGUGGCUUCCGCAUGUCUUGCCGGUUGUCGCAGCAAUGCUGAGCUCAUGCAAAACCCAACACCCGAUGCGUGCUCGGCUCUCUAUCUCAUGUCCACCUACCUUCUCUGUUCCAACGACGAGGAGCUCUUUCACCGCUCUCAGGGCCUUACCAGUCUCGCGCUCAUCCUGGCAAAGUCGGCUUUGCUCCCUUCUUGCGCUGCCUCUGCUGAAGCAAAGUCUCCAUCAUCAUCAGCUGCGCCUUCGGUCGCCAGUCAACAUCAGGCUGCCACUGAUCUGGCCAACCCUGCAGCUUCACCUUCAUCACAGUCGUCUUCUACAUUGACUGCCAGCGUCACAUGCCAAGACCGUCUGAACUGCCACAGGCUUCUCACCGAUCUCGUCUUCCACCUUAGGUGCCAGGCCCUCACCUUUGCCUUGCCCUCCACGCUCGGUCAGAGCUCCUCGCACCACCACGGCGCAUCGCCUGCUAGCUUGGUGGAUGUUCCCACCGUUCAAGCCAUCUGGACCGCAUUCAGCACACCGCUCUAUGCCAGUCUCGAUGCAUUUGGCAGCCGAUACAGCCCCAACAUCUUUCACAAUUGGAAGCUCGGCCUUGCCGAUCUCAUGCACCAGGUGAUUCUCACCAGCCAGCCCGAAUCUUUGCAGUCCUGCCGUCCCAAUGCGGACGGUGAACUGAAGCAGCGCACCUGUCGAAGCAACGCGCCCCUCCCGGAUCACGGUCACCUUGUCAAGCUCGACGAAAGGAUCCGACGCUACCAUGCCAGCUUGCCCGACUUUCUGCUCCUGCACAAGCCGCUUCCCUUCGAGAUGGCAGGCAAGGUCGACGAGGACGAGCUAGCGCAGAUCAUCUGCCAACGGCACAUGGCGUGCUCCAUGGUCCACCGCAUGCUCAUGGCUCUUCAUCGACCGUGGUUCCUCUCUGCGCUCACCGGCCGAUCUUCCGCCUCGCCCUUAGAGCCGAAGGGUGCUCAGCAAGUUCGAGCAAACGCGCGUUCCGAUGCCGAGGCAGACACAACCGAGGUGUCGACGUCCUCGUCGGCAAUCUUCUCUUUGUCUGCCGUCUUGCGAUCGGCAACAUGGCAGACAGAGACCUAUGCCAGCGCCACAGCCUGUGCCCCGCCGCAAGCACUAGCUUGGUGGCAGUUGACGAACAACGCUCUAGCAGCUGCCAUCGUACAGGCUACGGCGCUGCUUCGACUCCCGUCGCCUUCCAGCAGCACUGUCGAGUCUGGAGCCAAAUGCUCCACAUUGCGCUUUUAUACACAGGUCCGGGCCGACCUCGACAAGAACGUUUGCUCGUUUCAGAACGUCGCAAAGCGUUGCAAGCUCGCAGCCAAAGCGUUGCCGUUCUUGCAGCGCGUCCGUUCCGCCAUCGACUCGGGCAUUUGCAGGUCUAGGCAUGCGUGCAACGCUGAGCUAGAUAUUCUGCAGGCUAGCACGGCAACCAGCAAAGUCUGCGACCCAGCUUCUCCAUCGUUAUCAACACCUUCCCCCAGUACAUCGAUCACGGACAAUGCAUCGCCAAAGCACGUUUCCGACCCUCUCAACUGUAUCAACACCAACAUCGUCACCAGCAACAGUAUCGACAGCAACAAUAGCAACAGCAAUUUAAGCACCAGCAACCGCAACAACAGCAAAAGUAACAACAACAACAACACCACCACCACCACCAACAGCGACACGAGCAGCAGCAGCAGUAGCAGCAGCAGCAAAGCAUAUAGCAGCCAAGUCACCAGCGCCACAAGCAUCGACGGCCAAAAUGUUAGCCGCCCCGAGGCGCCUCACAUUCCAGAGGCAAACAAGGCAGCAGCCUCAGCCGACAAGCGAUCACGUCCAGCGAGCCAGGGCAGGCGCGGCUCGAGCGCCAAAUCGGAACUCGAGACCAUCUUUGGUCCCAUCGCUUCCGGUCUCGAGCUGUCGGAGGCCUCUGCACCUCCAGUCACGGUCAAGCCUCUGUACCGCCAGAGCUGGGAACCGAUUCCCGUGCCGUCCAGCGUUGUGCACGAAGGCGAAGAGCGGAGCACGCAAGCACCGUCGAGCGACGAUGCGGCUGAUUCGUCAGCGUCAUCUAGUACAUGUCCGCAGACACCCAAGUCGACCACGCCGCGUUUGGGCGCCACGAAUGCGAGUCGGGAUGAUACGGCAAUGGCGUACGAGACCGAGGCAGCAGCGGACCGCAAGAAGACAAGCGACGCGCCUUCGGAUCUUGUACUGGAUUGUAUCAGGUUCUGGCAGCCUGACAUGCUUGCUCUUGCACCCUGA